GUCCUCGUACGACCGCCGAUACAUUGACGGCCGCAAUUCCCGCAAAUAAUAUCCACAUUGCACCGCGCAAUCGACCAUAAACACGCCUUUACAUUUCUAAACGUAGAAAUUAUCUGAACAGUCGGGCCGGCGAAACAAUUAUUAUUUCCACGUUUCCACAUCUCGUCAGUCUCCGAGCAGCCGCCGUCGGAUGCCUAAAAAUAGCGUCCCGGCGCGAAAAGUCAAAGUAAACAAGCGCCGUGUCGAACUUUUGACAACUCGCGAAAGGAAAAAAUCAUUCGCGGCGGAAAGUGAAGGUGAUCGCGUGAAUGAUAACGAAGCGUGGAGGGAUCGUCGUCGUAAACAAAUCCCACACGCACGCUGCUGCUGCAACGAAAAUAUGGUCACAGAAUCGGGUCCAUAAUCGACGACCGGCCUCGCGGAACGACCCGAACGCGGACGUUUUCAAGUGUAAAAGGGUAACAAUCUGCCAUGUUGCCGGGAAAAUCGAUAACGUGCGGUGGAAAACCGCGCGUGGCAUUUUCCGGAGAUAAACUGUGUCAGUAGCUGUCGGCUGCAACGCCCGAGGGAACAGGUGGACGCCAUGGACGCGCCCACGAGGAAAACCGACGGUGACGACGGAAAUUUCACGAAAACUCCGGUGCCGCUGUCGAAAUCGCCGGACGCGUCACCGUCUGUCCGCUCGAUGACGCGCACCGUAAUCGUGUCGCUGGACGAGACUGUGACGCAUAAUAUCACGUACGUCAAUCUGUCUGGAGCGGACCGAGUGGAUAUGUCCCAUUUUGAUUUGCUCAAGGUUCUUGGGACCGGAGCUUACGGUAAAGUGUUCCUGGUACGGAAACGCGGUGGCAGCGACAACGGCCGCCUUUACGCAAUGAAGGUCCUCAAAAAGGCGUCCAUCGUACAGAAAAAGAAAACCACGGAACACACCAAGACCGAGAGACAGGUCUUAGAGGCUGUCCGCGAUAAUCCCUUCCUCGUAACCCUUCACUACGCCUUCCAGACUGAUGCCAAAUUGCACCUCAUCUUAGAUUACGUGGCUGGUGGCGAGCUCUUCACUCAUUUAUACCAAAGAGAGCACUUCACCGAAGAGGAGGUUCGAAUUUACAUUGGCGAGAUAAUUUUGGCCCUCGAGCGCUUGCAUUCGCUGGGCAUCAUCUACCGAGACAUCAAGCUUGAGAACAUUUUGGUGGACGAGGGCGGUCAUAUCGUGCUGACCGACUUCGGGCUCAGCAAAGAGCUAUCCAGGAACGAUGGCGAGCAAAGGGCGUACUCGUUUUGCGGCACCAUCGAAUACAUGGCCCCCGAAGUAGUCAGAGGUGGCACCCAAGGCCAUGAUAUCGCUGUCGACUGGUGGUCGGUGGGAGUACUCACCUACGAGCUACUGACGGGCGCAUCUCCUUUCACGGUGGAAGGUGAGAAGAACACUCAACAAGAGAUAUCCAGGAGAAUCCUCAAAACGACACCUCCUAUUCCUGAAUCGCUCGGCAAAGAUGUGGCGGAUUUUAUCAGCAAACUUCUGAUAAAAGAUCCUCGGAAACGACUGGGAGGAGGCGAGGAUGACGCGAAGGAACUCAAGGAGCAUCCAUUUUUCAAGAACAUGGAUUGGAGUCGCCUUGCCAGGAAAGAAAUAUCCGCCCCUUUCAAACCUGUCAUUAGGAACGAACUGGACGUGUCCAAUUUCAGCGAAGAGUUCACCGCGAUGCCGCCAACGGACUCGCCGGCCAUAGUGCCCCCGAAUUACGAUAAAAUUUUCAAAGGCUACUCAUACGUCGCGCCGUCCGUCGUCUUUACGAAAAACGCCGUUUCCAGCGCCCUCCUGCACGCGGACGGCGACGCAAUGGACCACAUGACACACCUAAAGAUCAAGAACUCGCCCUUCUUCGAAGCGUACGACAUGGAUCUCUCGGAAACCGCUCUCGGCGAUGGCACCUUCUCCAUAUGCCGCCGCUGCGUCCACAAAUCCACCGGCAAGGAGUACGCGGUGAAGAUCGUCAGCAGAGUGAGGGACUGCACGCAAGAGAUUAACCUCUUGCGGGCAUGCCAAGGUCACCCGAAUAUCGUCAACCUGCACGAGUGCGUCCACGACGACAACUACACCUACCUCGUCAUGGAGUACCUGAAGGGCGGCGAGCUGUUCCAUCGCAUCCGUAAGAAGACCAAAUUCCUGGAGUGCGAGGCGGCCGGCAUCUUGCGCAAGCUGGUGUCGGCUGUCAGUUUUAUGCACACGCGCGGCGUGGUGCACCGCGAUCUGAAACCCGAGAACCUGGUGUUCACUUCGGACGACGACGACGCCCAAGUCAAAAUCAUCGACUUCGGGUUCGCGAGGCUCAAACGUGAAACGGAAUCCCUACACACGCCGUGUUUCACGUUGCAUUACGCUGCCCCCGAAGUACUUAAAGGCCACCCGGGCGGCUACGACGAGAAUUGCGACCUGUGGAGUCUGGGCGUCAUCUUGUACACGAUGCUCUGCGGCAAAGCGCCGUUCCAUGCGCGAUCCCGCGACGAGACCAUCUCCUCCGUCAUCGAUCGCAUCAAGCACGGCGACUUCAAGUUCGACUCGCCCGCUUGGGAGGACGUGAGUGACGACGCGAAGCGCGUCGUCGAAGGACUGCUGACCGUCGAUCCCGGCCAGAGGCUCCAAAUGGUCGACCUGCAAAGCAACGAGUGGGUGCGCGACAGCCGCCACGUGCCGCACACCGAGCUCAUGACACCCGAUGUACUCUCCAAUGGCGGUUCUGCGGAGAAAACUCUGCAGACCACGUUCGACGCCUUCCACAAGGCUCAGCAGGAGGGCUUUCGGUUGCAGGACGUGCUGAGCGCGAAGCUCGCGCAGCGGCGCCGGAAAAAGAAGAGCUCGUCGGACAACAGCAGCGGCUCGUCGUCGUUCACGCUCGAAAAGCCAUCGUCGACGAUAACCAAAGACAGUUUGAGCGAGGACUCGAGCCGACCGGCGUCCUCGCUAGCGAGGAUAUCGAGCGACGCGAUCAGGGAGUCGACCAGCUCGAGCGGCAUCGUGAUGUCCGAGAAGAACUCGAUCGAGAGCAAGACGGAGAAGAGGCGGAGGACGAAGAAGGUGUACGUGCAGACGCGGCAGAGCGAGAGGAUACUGAGGCAGAGGCUCGAGAUCGACUGGGAGCCGCAGUCGUUCCUGUCGCUGCCGCACCGGACGCGGAAACGAAAGCACGAGGAUUCGGGUGCAUGCGCCACCCCCACCAAGGUCAGGAAAAGGGGCGGGGCGGCCUCGAACGGCUACAAGCGCGUGUAGCGACACGAGACAAAGACUUUUAUUAAAUUGUUAGUUAUUUAUUUUGAUAGCGUUUUUGUGUACCAGUUACACAUAACUUAGGUAGAAAUUUACAAAUCUGAAUGUGAUAAACGACGUCGGGUCGGUUCUAGCUGAAACUGUAAAGACCAGCAUCCACUGGGCACCCGAGUCAGGUGUGGGAUUAAAACAUAAUCAACUUAUAAGAGAAAAAUAUAAGGAAUAGAAUAUAACAACUAUUUGGAAGUUUUUAAUUAAGAUGGUUGCUGUUUAUGAGAUCCAUGUAAUUUAGGUACGAGCGACAAAGGAUAAAAGACUAAAUGUACUUGAAGUCAUAAAUUUUACUGCCUCGUAUAACAAACACGAAAAUGUUUAAAGGUUUUUAUGUCUUAGUAUCAGGUAUGGGGUUACAACAUCAUCGGCUCACAAGAGAAAAAUAUACGAAAUAGGCAAGCGAUAAAAGACGGUCAGCGCUCUACAAUCAAACGUUUUUUUGGCUGCUGAAAGCAAAAGAUAUGAGUUCAUAAUAUGUUAAAAAAUGGAAAUAGUGAGGGUGAAUUUCUCGCUGUAAACAGAGGGAUCUAAAAAAAAUGUAUUCGCUGUUUAAAAGUAAAUACGUUGCAAAUUAAUUGACGGAGUUGUCUCAUU